AUGCAUUAUGAGGAAUUGACAAACGACUACUGCGAAGAAGACUCAAAAAAUGUAGAGAGGAUUUCCCUUGCGGGAUGUAUGCGUCUGAUGUACUGCUUAUCCUCUAUAACAUUUCUGAUUGUUUUUUCUUGUGCCACCAUCGGAAAAAAUGGAAUCGUCUGCUUACUUCUGUCCUUUUCCCCCAGUUGUGUUUACCUAUACUUAUUUGGAAGACAAAUAAAAAGAAGGAUAAAAAUUGUGCACGCUGUCGAAAUGAUACUGUACGGAGCUGUACUGUCCGUUUUUCUGGCCGGAAACUUAGAAUAUAUCUUUUCUUUAUUUUUUUUUCAUUUUUGUUCCAUAUGUUUUGUGAAAGACGUUAGAGAGAUUCUUCUUUUUGUGUGUUCAGUGGUGGUAUUUUUUUACUUCUUCCUGGUAGUGGCCUACGUGGAGGAAGUAUCUAAAGUUCUUCCAAUGGCUUUUGUUCAAAUGAAUGAAAAAAAAAACAAAAAUGGAUAUGUAGAAUUACCUCUCGUUGACAGCACGAGCUUCUUAAAUCAGGGGGGACAUGAAGCAGACCAUGAAGAGAAGAAAGACACCGGCGUGGAUAAAUUCAGAUACAUUUACGCAAAUGACAUACUGGAAUAUAUGUUCUUUUCCUUGUGCUCAUCCGCCGGAUUUUCGAGCACCGAAAACUUACUUUAUGCUGCCCAGGCGACAAGGCAGAACUUCUUAUCGAUAAUUGUGUUAAGAAAUUUGAUCUGCGUGCUGUUUCACAUGAGCUGUUCCGGAGUAGCAUCUUACAAUAUUGCCUCAAGAGUGAAUCACAAAAGCAUGAACGGUUGUGUUGCAAACUUGCUGAGCGUCCUGGGCUGCCUGCUCUCUCCUUCCCUCUUCCACGCAUUGUAUGACUAUUCUAUAUUUUUCAGUUCGUUAAGUAUACCCACGUACCAGGCUUCCUUUUUGACCCUGUUGUUUCUUUAUUGCUUCUUCUGCAUGCUGCUCAUAUUUUCCGUUCUUGUGAGGCGCUCCGCAAAAGGGGGAGGUGAACCGUACGCAUAA